AUCCACAUAGAAAGUUACCGCACUUGCUGGAAAAUGGGAGAUGAAAACCACAUUCCUCACAACAAUGAUUACAAAACCAUCUCAGUUGAAGCAGGAGCUCAUGAUGCUAACUUCCAUGCGCCUCUCGUUUCCUCUUACAAUGAUCGAAUUCGUCCAAUUCUUGAUGCUUUUGAGGAUCUAAGGCGUCUCAACAUCACCAAACAAGGCAUACAACUCCCAACCAUUGUCGUCGUUGGCGACCAAUCUUCCGGCAAGUCUAGUGUCCUUGAAUCUCUUGCCGAAAUUACCUUGCCCCGUGGACAAGGUAUCUGCACUAGAGUACCCUUGAUCAUGAGGCUCCAACACCAUCCACUCCCAAAACCAGAGCUUGUGCUGGAGUACAAUGGGAAAAGUGUUUCCACGGAUGAGUCCCGUGUCUCCGACGCUAUUAGAAUAGCCACUGAUGUGCUUGCAGGUGAAGGCAAAGGGAUUUCUAAUUCUCCAUUAACUUUGCUGGUCAAGAAGAACGGUGUUCCUGAUCUCACAAUGGUUGAUCUUCCUGGUAUAACUCGGGUCCCAGUUCAUGGCCAACCUGAGAAUAUCUAUGACCAGAUAGUGAACAUCAUAAUGGAGUAUAUAAGGCCAGAGGAAUCCAUCAUCCUCAAUGUGUUGUCUGCAACUGUUGAUUUUUCUACUUGUGAAUCCAUUAGGAUGUCACAGAGUGUUGACAAGAAAGGAGUCAGGACUCUUGCUGUGGUCACAAAGGUUGAUAAGGCUCCAGAGGGUCUUCUAGAGAAGGUUAUGGCUGAUGAUGUCAACAUUGGUCUUGGCUAUGUUUGUGUCAGAAACCGCAUUGGCAAUGAGUCCUAUGAAGAAGCAAGAAUGGCAGAAGAAACACUCUUCCGAACUCAUCCAUUGCUAUCCAAUAUUGAUAAGUCCAUAGUUGGUGUCCCAGUUUUGGCACAGAAGCUGGUUCAAAUCCAAGCCAAUAGCAUUUCCAAACUAUUCCCUGAGAUUGUUAAGAAGAUCAAUGACAAACUCAGUUCUCAUGUCUCUGAACUGGAGAAACUUCCCAAGAGUUUGACUUCUGUGGCUGCAGCUAUGUCUGCAUUCAUGCAUAUUAUUGGAUCGGCCAAAGAGUCGCUAAGGAAGAUUCUCCUAAGAGGAGAAUUCGAUGAAUACCCUGAUGACAAGCACAUGCAUUGCACUGCUCGGCUGGUUCAGAUGCUUGAUCAGUACUCAAAUGAUCUCCACAACUAUCAGGAAAGUGAUUCAACCAAGAAGAACUUCUUGAUGGAGGAAAUCAAGGUGCUGGAAGAAGCCAAAUGGAUUGGACUCCCAAACUUCGUGCCACGCAGCACUUUUCUUACUCUGCUACAAAACAGAGUGAAGGCAAUAUCAAGGAUCCCGGUUGAGUUCAUUGAGAGGGUUUGGGACUACCUACAAGAAGUGGUGGUUACUGUUUUGGUAAACCAUUCAGAACACUAUCACCAACUUCAAGUGGCUGUGCGAAGAUCAGUGCAGAAUGUUAUUUCCAACAUGAAGGAUAAGUCUAUGAAACAUGUGAUGGAGGUUGUUGAAAUGGAAAAGAUAACAGAUUACACUUGUAACCCCGAAUACGUUCGCGAUUACAAGAAGCUCAUGGCUAAUGAGAUUGAAUUCACAGAAGAUGUUUUGCAUUGCAAGGGUAAUACUAAAAACCCAUGUUGGGUGAAUCUUGAAGGUUUUGGAGAAGUUGAGGUUAGUCAUCUGAGGCAGUAUCCAUGUUUGAUUUCUCAGGCUUUUGACUUGAGAAUGAGGCUAAUUUCCUAUUGGAAGAUCGUGCUGAGAAGGAUUAUUGAUAGCACUGCAUUGCAUUUGCAGUUCAAUAUUAACAGCCUUGUGAACAAGGAUCUUGGAGAGAAAAUUGUGAAUGAGAUGGUGAAUCCAUAUGCUGGUGGAAUUGAGAGGUUGUUGGAGGAAAGUCCGUCGAUUGCGAGUAAGCGCGACAGGCUUAAGAAGAGUGUAGAAGUGCUCAGGGAAAGCAAGGAUGUUGUGGCUCGAAUCAUGGAUAGAAUUUCUGCUGAUGCAGAUUAGAAUUUGCA